ACUCUUUUCUCCUCUGUAGAAGAAUCCCUGCCCUGUUUUCUGCCAAGUGGGAGAAGCGUGGAAAGGCGCGUGUGAGUCUCCAAAGUGGAUCUGUGCGUUUUCCUCGGCGCCCCAUUUGCUGCUGUCCGAGUAGUGGCUGUGGAUUCUUGACUGAGAGACACUGUAUUUGUCGCGCUAUUUCGCGUGUGUUGUGUGUGCCAAUUCCACAUAAACUUCCAGCGCCAACUCCCCAUUGUUCCAGUGGAUGCCAGUGGAAAAUCUCCGCGGACGCGUUUGAUGGCCCACAAUGUCGUCGCUCAGCACAUUCAAUUACCAGCCUCAGGUGCCGCAACGUCCGCGGCGCAGGGCGCAGUCUGUCGUGACCCAGGGCCCCACGGUGACCUCCUCGCCACGGCGAUCCCUCUUCGAGCUGACCUCAAGUGAAGAAGGAACUAGUCAGAUUAGGAUCAAAGUGAUAGCUGGACAUACUUUGGCCAAAAAGGAUAUCUUCGGUGCUAGUGAUCCAUAUGUGAGAAUUGACCUAAACACGAUAAAUGGCAACAUUAACAUCGAUUCAGUACUUACAAAGACCAAAAAGAAAACCUUGAACCCCAAAUGGAAUGAGGAGUUUGUGUUUCGGGUGAAACCCGGCGAACACAAGCUCGUAUUCCAAGUGUUCGAUGAGAAUCGCUUGACGAGAGACGAUUUCCUGGGCAUGGUGGAAUUGACUCUUGUGAAUUUGCCUAAGGAACAGGAGGGCAGGACGAUUCCGCCCAAAAGUUACCCACUCCGGCCACGCAGGUCAGUUGGUGCUCGAUCUCGGGUUCGCGGCACUUUGGAUAUCUAUCACGCCUUUAUACGCGAUCUGGAUUCAACCAGUGAGACGUCGGAUUGGGAGAUUGUCGAUGACGGAGCCAGCAACAGUGACAGCUCGGGCACACCGAUAAAUGCAUCAUCGCUGUUUGGAUCAUCGGGUGUGGAGGCACUGCCGCAGGGCUGGGAGGAGCGCCAGGACGCCAACGGGCGGACGUACUACGUGAAUCACAUUGCGCGCACGACACAGUGGGAGCGCCCCACGGCACUCACGAGUAGCGGUGUGUCGGAGGAGGAGAUGAACAACGCGGCGGCAGAAUUCCAUCGACGCUUCCAUAUCAGUGUAGAUGAAUCGGAUUCGAGGAGUAAUCAGGGUGAUAACAUGAGUUUGAGCUCUGAGAUGGGCUUUAUGGGUUCGGUGACUUCACUCAAUGAUCUCAAUCGAUCGGGUUCCAUGAGUUCCAAUCACAGCACGACCGGACGCCCAACGAGACCAGCGCCGAGUAUUCCGCGUGAUCAUCAGCUGCACAGAACCAAUGCCACGCGCCGAAAAGCUCCGAUUCCACCUUCCAGAUUAACCACAUCUCCUGUGGUCAGCGAGGGGGGAAGCAGUGGUCCCAGUAGAAGGCAUUUGCCAAGGAAUAGAAAUUCACUGGAGGACAAUGAGGAGCAGAGUAACAGUGAGAAUGAAGAUCUUGACACGUCCGACAGUGGAGCGGUUACUAAUAACCAGGUGCGCUCGCCGUCAACGCCACAGUCACGGCAGAGCUCCACGGAAGACAACUCGGCCACGUCAUCGCCGGACACGACGGCGUCCUCCAAUCCAGACACCACGGGACUUCCGCCUGGUUGGUCGAUGCAGGUCGCGCCGAAUGGUAGGAUAUUCUUCAUUGAUCACAAUGAGAGGAAGACAUCGUGGGUGGAUCCGCGCACCGGCCGUGCCAGUCCAAUGCCCAAUGCAGCGGGCAGAUCGCCGGCCAGUCGGAAGCCAGAGGACGAUCUUGGGCCGCUGCCGGAGGGCUGGGAAGAGAGAGUCCACUCAGAUGGGAGGAUCUUCUAUAUUGAUCAUAAUACAAGAAUUACUCAAUGGGAAGAUCCGAGAAUGUCAAAUCCAAAUAUCGCCGGACAGGCUGUCCCGUAUUCACGUGACUACAAGCAAAAGUAUGAAUACUUCAAGAGUCAACUGCGAAAGCCAACAAGUGUUCCCAACAAAUUUGAGAUUAAAGUGCGACGAGCAUCAAUCUUCGAGGAUUCAUAUCGUGUGCUCAAUUCUGUGACGAAAACUGAUCUCCUGAAGACGAAGCUUUGGGUGGAGUUUGAGGGUGAGGUGGGAUUGGAUUAUGGCGGUUUGGCACGUGAAUGGUUCUUCUUGCUGUCGAAGGAGAUGUUCAAUCCAUACUAUGGACUCUUUGAGUACUCCGCCAUGGACAAUUACACCCUGCAAAUUAAUCCAUUCAGUGGACUGUGCAAUGAGGAGCAUCUCAACUAUUUCAAGUUUAUCGGACGUGUUGCUGGAAUGGCAGUGUAUCACGGAAAGUUGUUAGAUGCAUUCUUCAUUCGACCAUUCUACAAGAUGAUGCUUCAGAAGCCAAUUGACUUAAAAGAUAUGGAGGCUGUUGAUAUGGAAUACUACAAUUCACUGCUAUGGAUUAAGGAGAAUGAUCCGAGUGAACUUAUGCUCACGUUUUGUAUCGAUGAAGAGACAUUCGGUACGACAAAUCAGAGAGAACUCAAGCCUAAUGGCGCCAAUAUUGAUGUGACGAAUGAGAAUAAGGAUGAAUAUAUUCGCCUUGUGAUUGAGUGGCGAUUUGUGUCACGCGUCAAGGAGCAGAUGCACGCUUUUCUCGAUGGCUUUGGAUCUGUUGUGCCACUGAAUAGUCUCAAAAUAUUCGAUGAGAAUGAACUGGAGUUGCUUAUGUGUGGCAUACAGAACAUCGACGUCAAAGACUGGAAAAAGAAUACACUCUACAAGGGCGACUACUAUGCAAAUCAUGUUAUUGUUCAGUGGUUCUGGAGGGCUGUUUUGUCUUUCUCAAAUGAGAUGCGAGCAAGACUGUUGCAAUUUGUGACUGGAACAUCGCGUGUGCCGAUGAAUGGCUUCAAAGAGUUGUACGGAUCGAAUGGUCCGCAAAUGUUCACGAUUGAGAAGUGGGGAAAUCCUGAAAACUUCCCGCGAGCUCACACAUGUUUCAAUCGUCUGGACUUGCCGCCGUACGAGAGUUACUUGCAGCUAAAGGAUAAACUGAUUAAAGCCAUUGAAGGGAGUCAAGGAUUUGCUGGUGUUGACUAAGGAGAAGAAGAAGAAGAAAGUAGAUUUGAUAAAUUGUCGUGUUUUAUUAAUAAAUUUUCUCUUACUUUAAGAUGAAGAGUUAUACAAGCAUACACGAUUUUAUAAGCUUUCAGAGAAAAAAAAAACAAUCUUAUCGAUUAUAUCCAGGGUUCAUUUCUUCCUCUCGUCUUUCUCUACAAAUAUGUAAUAUCUGACAUUUGACCAAAUAUUCUAUGCAAAGAAGAUGAAAAGAAAAAAAAAUUGUGAAUUAUUGCUCUUGGAAAAUCUUGAAAUUAGCCGAAUUUGUGAAAAAUUGUAAUGUAAAAAACUAUUGGGUAUUGAAUUUUUAACAUUCCCUUCUAAUCUUAUGCCAAUAUCUUAUUUUUUCCUGCAAUAUAUAUGUGUCUUCUUGACGUGUAUUCACGCAAUAAGGAAUAAGUGAAGAUGAGAGUAGCAAAUUUUUUGAGUUGUCAGUGUUUUUGGAUAUAAAAACAAGAACAGUAUAUGUAGAGUCAGUGGAAAAAUACGAUGAAAACAAGUUAUUGAAUAGGAAAGAUUAAAAAAAAGAAGAAAAAAAGAGAAACACUUACAUUAAAUGUAGUUGUGAAUAUAUCAGUAAUAUAAUUUAUUUCUUAUUAAUCGUAAGCUACUUAUGUUCUAGUUGUGUUUUAAUUUUUUUUCCAAUUGAUAUAUGAAAAAAAGUUUUGCUGUAAAGGGAUGAAACUUUAAAAAAAAAAACGAAUGCCAAAUUUCUUAAUCUGUAAUACUUACAAAAGUUUAAUUUUUUUUAUUUUUCCCCUCUUGUCGUGGGCAUGAAAAUAUUAUUAUGAAGAAGAAAAAAAGUGUUAUUUAUCGGAAGCGUAAAGGAUUUUUUGUAAGAUUUGUACGAGAAUGGCGAAGUUUAGACGUGUUAAAUGGUAGAAAAGUGAUUUGAUUUCCCAAAAUUGAAUGUCAGUCGUUUAGUUCAUUUUUAUCCGUUCGGAACAUAAAUAGUGCCUUUAUUCACAGAAGAGAUAAAAUAUAAAUAAUUGCAAUCAAUCCAAUUCAUGCCAGGAAUAAUUGAAAGGAAGAAAAAAAUUGAUGAAAAAGACUGGAUGCGGGUGGAAUGAUGGCCGCGAGGGUGUAAUUAAGGGUAAAAAAAAAAUGAUGAGAACAAGAAUGGAGGAAACGGGAAAUUUUUCUCUCAGAUUAAAAGAAAAAGAAAAGAAAAUGUAAUCAGCAUUCUGUCUAUGAAAUCAUACAAUGAAGUGUUUUAUACAUAAUACAAAAUUUUACAUCUUAUGCUAUAUUCUUAUUGCGAAAGGAUUAAUGAGUAAAAAAAAAUAGGAGAAACAAGUUACAAUUUGUAUUUGAGUGGAAGAUCUAUAUUACCUUUUUGUAAAUAUGAUUACAAUUAUUCAGUGGCCUGUUACAUUUAAUUAUAUUAUUUUAUUAUAAUUAUUAUUAUGGAGUAAAUAUAAUUAUAUGAAAUGUAAGGUAACAGAGAGGAUGUGUUACGUUGUAAUACUUUCAACACGAUAUGUGAAAUCAGGAGAGAAUAAUAAAUUUGAAAUUGAAAGGAAAA